GUUAAACUGCACGCCACACCUCCGGUUUGCGGUGAAUUUUUGGGUUAGUAAUUUUGCAUACAGACCGAACACCAUCGGCUAUCUUCAAGCUGCUAAGGUCCAUAGCAUUUCUUCAAGCGAACUUUCCCAAUGAGCGUCCAUUCAUUGUAUGUGAUUAGCGAAUCUGGAUCGUUGCAGUUCUACUAUGACCAUUCGGUUUCAGUCACCACAGCAGAGAAAACUUUUUCCUAUCCGAUGCCGCUGCGUUUAGCUAGCGUUGAUGGCAGGAUUUAUGUUGAUUUUGGCACUGUGGAUGAAGUGAGACCCGGUUACGCCGUUCUAAGUAUCAACAACAUCGAUGCAGGUGGAACUUUUCUUGAAGACGGUCGCGAGAUCCUCCAAGUUCUCUCGGACAAAAGUAACUAUCCAGUAACCGUGAGAUUUGGUCGACCACGAUUGCGUCCAAACGAUCGCAUUCAACUUGCUAGUAUGUUUCAACCGUUACAUCAGAUGGCCCGACAUCUGAGCCCAGUCGUUGACUCCUCGUCGGACACGAGUGACUCUGUAGAGAAGUCACAGUCGACAAAUAUCUGGAAUUCCGGAAUUCAGAGUCUGGAAUCGAGCGCUUGCCGCAUUCAUUGUCUGGAAUCGAAGACAGGUGUUAAGUUCCUCUUGGUGACGGACGCGAAACUUCCUUCAGCAUGUCGUGAAUCGUUGCGUCGUGUCUACGAAGCCUACACUGAUUAUGUGCUCAAAAAUCCAUUCUAUUCAUCGAAUCAACCGUUUAAUUUCGAUUUUUUCACCAAUCAAGUACGGACAAUCUGUGAACAAAUUGAAAAAGGCAUCUAUGGAAACACAUAAUUUUUGAGUCUCAAACUCAUGCGCUGUGAUCUGUUUUUCAUCAAUUAAAUUUUCCUCGUGAUCGUUCUAUUUUUCAUACCCGAAUCUGCAUUCACAAUUCAUCAUUUACUGCAAUUCUUAUGGUUUCUUGACCAUACUUCAGUAGUGGGA